GCCUCGUCCCCGCCCCAUCCCCGUCCCGGUCCGCCCCGUCCUCGUCCCGUCCCCGUCCCGGUUCCCGCCCUAGCGGCGCGGGCGGAAGCGUGCGGGGAUGGAGCCGCCGGCCAUGGAGGGGCCGCUGCUGGUGCAGCACAGCCACAAGUUCGGCGCCAAGCGCUGGAAGCGCGGCUGGUCCGCGCUCUACCCCGCCAGCCCGCACGGCGUGGCCCGGCUCGAGGUGUUCGACUGCAAGGAGCCGUCGGCGGCCGGCCGGGCGGGCACCCGGCGCCUCGCCCGCACCGUGGUGCGCCUCAGCGACUGCACCAGCGUGGCCCCGGUGGGCGAGGGCGGCCCCCGCGCCGGCACCGCCACCUUCCGCCUGGAGACCCGCGACCGCAGCUUCCUCUUCGCGGCCGAGAAGCAGCAGAGCGAGGAGUGGGUGGCGAAGCUGUGCCAGAUCGCCUUCCCGGGAAAUGGCUCCAGCGAUGCCGUGGUGUCACAGUACGGCCGGCAGGGCAGCGAGGAGACUCUGGCCCUGGAGAUGGCCGUGAACUCCAUCUACUACUCCAGAGAUGAAGUGAACACCUUCUGGGUGACGGUGCAGCGGACGGAGGCUGCGGAGCGCUGCGAGCUGCGUGGCACCUACGUGCUGAAGGCUGAGCGGGACAGCCUCGUGCUGAAGGACCCACGGACGGACAGGAUCCUCUACGUGUGGCCCUACCGGCUGCUGCGGAGAUACGGCCAUGACAAGGUGAUGUUCUCCUUCGAGGCUGGCAGGCGCUGCGACUCGGGACCUGGAAACUUCACCUUUGAGACCAAGCAGGGCAACGAGAUCUUCCGCCUGGUGGAGGCCUCCAUCCAGGAGCAGAAGGCGCAGGUGGAGGAGAACCGGCAGAGCUGCGACUCGCUGGAAGCCGACAGCCCCGGCGUGCUGCAGAUCCGCCAGGCCCUGGCUGACAGCCUGAACCUGGAGCUGCCCGCCGAGGGGGACGACGCCCCGGCACCCAAAGCGGGGCUGGCACCCAGGGCCAGUGCGGCAGCGGAGGAGAGAGACGCCACAUCCCUGCUGAAGAGCCGGACUCUGCCAGAGCCGCCCGUGCCCCUGGGCAAGCCCGCGGUGUCCAGCACACCCCCGCGCUCCCCUCUGCCCAAGGUGCUCCGUGCCGUGCCGCCGGCCGAGGACCCGUCCAGCGUGUACUCGGAGCCCCUGGACGCGGUGAAGGGCCCGCAGCCGUGGCUGGACCCGCUGUACUCGGACCCCGUGGACAGCAAGGCCCUGAGCACAGCCAAGGCACCCAGCGGCGCCGUGGAGGAGCCGAAGCCGCGGCUGCCGGUGCCGCCGUACCCGGUGCCGUACGAGGGGCAGGCUCACGGGCAGGGCCCCCCCGGGCACAAGGAGCACAUCUACGACGAGCCCGAGGGCCGCGCCGCCCGCCCGCCGCGCUCCCUCGCCUGCAUCUACGACGAGGCGCGGCCCACGAGCGAGGCCUGGCGCACGCAGGGCCACGACGGCAGGGGCGGCUACGAGUACCCCUACAACGCCAGCACUGACGAUUACUCGGUGCCCGCCUUCCCCGCCAAGGCCAAGAGCCCCAAGCCGGUGCCAGCGCCCAAGCCCCAGGCUGCCUUUGUCCCCAAAGGGGCGGAAAGGGCGGAGGACGCUGGCAGGCGAUGGGGCGGCGCUGCCCCUGAGAAGGUGCUCAAACCCAGCCUCAAUAGCAGCAACAACAACAACGUGGAGGUGCUGUACAGCCGCGUGGUGAAGCCCCAGCAGCUGCAGAAGAAGGAGCAGAGUGUGGAUGAGUACAGCUUGUCGCCUCUCUAUGAGGACUUGGGGGAGAUAUGAGCUGCUCAGUGUGUGUGUCCCAGCAGGGACUGGGCUCCUCCUCCCCGGGGUGACUUGGGGCUGUUUGGGCUCAGGCAGAGCCCCUUUUUCUCACCAGUGCUGAAGGUUUCCCUGGGGGGAAACAGCAGGAGCAAGAGAGCUGUGGCUGGUGCAAGCCCCGGUGUGUUCCUCCAGCUCUGGAGCUGGCUCCACUGUGCCUUCUGACCUGCAGGAGGGCUGGUGUUUUCCUGUACCUGCUGCUCUGGCUCUGCUCUGGCUUCCUGUCUGACCAGGCUGCAGGGCUCUGGUGCCUAUAGUGAAUGGAAAGCUGCUUGCCGUCAUUCUCCAGAAGUAUUUUUAUACAAAGUUAUUUUAAUAUUAAAGUCUGUUUGUCUCAGAAUGA